GGAGAACUGUGAGAGAACAGAGAGAACUCCCAGAGAACUGAAAGAGAACUGAGAGAACUCCCAGAGAACUGAAGAAGAACUAAAAGAACUGCAGAACUCUGGGAAAACUGAGAGAACUGAGGGAGAACUAAGAAGGAUCUAGCAGAACUGAGGGAGAGGGGAGCCUCCUUGAAGCACAGCCCCUUCUCCAAGGAGACCUCUCUGCCUCCUCCUCCUUGACCCCUGUUGUGUCAGUGGCCCCUGGGCCUCUCUCCUCGGGGGCAGCCGUUGGGUGGCGAGGCUGGGGGGCCGAGGCCGAGGCAGGGACAACCAGCGAGGGGUUGGAGCGGUGACCCCCCAAGGGAGGAGGAGGAGGGUGACCCCUCGGGGGCAGCCCUCGGCAACGGCGGGAGGCCCCCCAGGGAUGGCAGGGGCCUCCGCGGGCAUUACCACCCUCCCCGCCUUGCCCGAUGAUGGCGGUGGUGGCAGCGGUGGUACUUACCCCCCGGGGCACUUCAAGGACCCGAAGCGGCUCUACUGUAAGAACGGGGGCUUCUUCCUCAGGAUCAACCCUGAUGGCCGAGUGGACGGGGUCCGAGAGAAGAGUGACCCUCACAUCAAAUUGCUACUUCAGGCAGAAGAGAGAGGUGUCGUGUCAAUCAAAGGUGUAAGUGCAAACCGUUUCCUGGCUAUGAAUGAAGAUGGCCGAUUGUUAGCACUGAAAUACAUAACAGAUGAAUGCUUCUUUUUGGAACGUUUGGAAUCUAAUAACUACAAUACUUAUCGGUCUCGUAAAUAUUGUGAUUGGUAUGUUGCACUGAAAAGAACUGGUCAGUACAAACUUGGACCAAAAACUGGGCGAGGCCAGAAGUCUAUUCUUUUUCUUCCAAUGUCUGCCAAGAGUUGAUUUCAGUUGCAGAGUUUACAACAUACACUCCCCAUCCCCACAUAACAGAAAAAUGUGACCAAUAUUUGCCAGGAUCAAUUGUAUUUGUGGAUUGAUCUAUAAUUAUUACUAUGUAAAAUUAUGUAUAUUUUAGACUUCAAAACUGUUUGAUAUGCUGGAACCAUUGUGGUUUUUGCAUAUGUAUAAAUGUGUGUACAUUUGUAUAUUGAAUGUGACAGGAUUGAGAACUAAUACACAUUUAUUUCCAGUCAAAUACUACAUUCAUUUCUUUUACUUGAUUAGUUGGGGAAAGAAUUGAAAAAAUAGCUUGAACGAUUCAGUGCUUUUUAAAAAAAAUUAUGCACAGUUAAAAAUAUUUAGCAUUUGAAAUGAAAUAAUAUAUAUUUGUAUGGAAUUUAAUCUGGAAUAAUACACAUAUACAUUUUACUACAAGUAAUAUUAGAUGCCUUUUAAAAAAAUCUAAAUGUUUUGCAAACUUGUCAUGUUCCUAUAAUUUUCUGGCAGUUCUCUGUGGUACAGUUUAUAGAAAAGACCUGUGUACACAGCUGGAAAUUCCCUCAUAGUUAGAUCGAUCUUAUCAAACCCUUCAUGGUACCCAUACAGAAGUAGUCUAGCAAUGUUGCUGGUGAUUGGAGUUGUUUCUUUGGACUUGGCAAGGUCAGUUAGGUCCAUCCACUCACACUUCAGGCACUCCUGCUGGCAGAAACUGAUGCUGAAAGAAGAAGGUUCCAAGCGGCAGAUAAUAUACAUAUCUGACUUUCCAAAGGCUCCAGGGUGUCUAUGUUGCUGUCUUAUGCUUAGAAGAGACCUGAAUUCUGAUUUUAUGCCUGUCUCUUCAAAAACUUCUCGAACUGCUGUGCUCCCUGAAUGAAAGAGAGCUUUUUAUUAUGAUUUAGAAAACAAAGGUACUGUAGUUAAAUUGCAACAAAAGCAUGCAAGCUGCCAGGCUUUUCCAAACUCUACAUCUAGCUAAGUGGUACAAAAAUUUAGAGAAUUGGGAAGAAUCUACAAUCUGAAAACCAGGUUUAGUGUUGUGACCAUGAAUCAGAUCUGCAAUUAAAUUCACUUUCAAGACCGAGAAGAAUGGGUCUUUGUUGGGUAGAUGGGUUUCAGAUUAAAGCCACCUCUGCAGGCUAGGAUGAAGAGACAAAAGCUGUUCUCUGAAGACAAAAAGACAAGCUGGGAAUUUGUCCCUUGUCUUUGGUAAAACAUCAAAAUACUUUAACUGCUACCAAACAGAAGCACCGAGUAACAGGGCAAUCUUUUCCCCAGUAAAACUGGGUGUUAAAUUAACAUGAUACACUGUAAUUUAGUCACUGCUACUCUGUCCUUCCCUGACUCCUGGAUCUUAUAUUCACUCCCGCUUCCUUUGUAUCUGGAUCAAAGCUCCUAUUGAAUAUAUAUACUCUAAAAUCACUGGUACAGAUAUACUAAUGAAAAUGGUACAUAUCUGAAAAGAACCAUGAGGCUCUAUGUUGUUCCAUCUGAAAUUACCUAAUUCGUACCAAACAACUUUCUAUGUAGCGUUUCUGAGGUGCAGAAAUAAUCCUGCUUGAGACUGCUUUAACUGUCCUGGCUCAAUGCUAGGGAAUUCUGGGAACUGUAGUUUUGUGAGGCAUUUAGCCUUCUCUGUCAAAAAGCUCUGGUGCCACAAUAAACUACAAUUCCCAGGAUUCCCUAGCACUGAGCCAGGGCAAUUAAAGUGGUCUCAAAUUGGAUUAUUUCUGCAGUGUGGUUUGUAUCUAUGUUUCGUAAAAUUUAAGUUGUUUAUUAAAUAGCGUUGACCUAGAAAACACAACAUCAUGAUUUUCCAGCUUUUUGAAGAAAAUUUUCACAAUUUUACACCUUUUGGUUCCACAGUCUUGCUGAGAAGUAAAUUUCAGCUAUCUUUUAUAUAUAUAAAAAAUUGAAAACAGUACCACCACUUUGGAAUCACACAAUUUAUGUAAGAUUGAAUUGGUGGAAAUAAUUACAGUUCAUCUGAGAAUACAUUUAUCAUUGGAGUGAGUAGAAGCAGCCAGGAUAUAACAAACAUCUGGCUUAACCUGUACAAAUAUUCAAAACACCACCAAUAUAUUGAACCGGUGUGUUUUUGCUAUGUGCAUGUGGCCCUAGAAAUUAAAGUGGCAGCUUUUCUGAGUUGUUUACCAAGGUGAAGAUAUCUGACAAAACUUGAGUCUGAGGCUAUUUAAAUCAUAUAAACUCUAAUGUAUUUUUAUAACAAGCCACAAAAUUGCAACAACAAUGAAAUGAACCAGGCUCUUCAUUUCAAAGAAAUUUAAACUAUGACCACUUUGUGGGUUUCUGUAUUAUCUGUUUGAAAAGAAUUGCUCAAGACUUCAAUGCAAAGUUGAAUCCUUCAGUUUAGAUUUACAGGUACCAAACCACAUUUUGACUUUGUCUGUUCACACCUAUUUAUACACUAUUGAAAAUCAGUAUGGAACUUGUUCAGGCCACUUGUUUGGACUUCUGCGCCAGGGCCAUCUUUACAUCACAGUAAGUUCUAUUGAACUGAACAAGAGUUACCUUUGACUAGACAUGUAUGAUAUCGCUCUGCUCAUGUAAUUGUUCCAAAGACAAGCACUUACCAAUAUCUUCUCCUGGUUCAGACAAUCCCCCUGGAAAUUUCCAUACAUUUGUUGUCUGAAAUGGAAAUAAAAAUAACCAAUGCAUUAAUAUUUUUCUAUUUUUCCAUCUACAAUGAACUAGAAAUACAGUUCCUACAUUUGUUGACUAAUUCUUACUUAUUGCUGUUUGUUUUUCUAAUGUGAUUACCAAAGACAAUUAUAUGUCUGUAACAGUAUAUUCCAAGAAGACAUCUACUGAUUUGUCUAAUGACUAUUAGACGGUUUAUACUUGCACCAUUGCUGCUCAUUAACUAGGUAAAUAGUAAAAGGGACAUUAAGGAAGCUGCUAUAAAUAGUUGUAUUAUAUGGCCACUAUCCUGUACACAGUUAGGCAUGCUUAAUUCUAUGGGCUUAAGUGCACCUAACUCUGUGCUGGAUUGGAGCCUGCAUAAUCUAAUGUUUAAUCACAUAUAUUCUAGUUCAGUGUUUUGUUUUUACAAAAAAAACAGUCCAUAUUAUAAACAGAGAUUAUGAUUGUAGUACUGUUCUAUACUGCACUGGCUAUAAAGUUUUCCUUUGUGUCUGUAAUAUCCAAUAUGUGCAAAUGUGUCUUUCCCCCCCCCCCCCGUCAUGUGGCUAAAAAAUAAAAGUGAGAUUCCUCUGUGUUGUC